AUGAGCCUCGACUGCUAUGUUGCCUGUUUUGCACCUCUGUCUGCUUGCUUAGCCCUAAGCUCUGCCAUGCAGAGCUACACUCAAUCCUGCAUAGCACCUGCCUUGCUGAGGUGGGCCUGCACCUUCAGUCAAUGUCACACCCCUAUCUUAAGCACAAACCACCCUAAUGCCAUGCUCACAUGGCCAAAUCAGUUGGUUGCAACUGGAGAAGCUACCAAUGACCAAUCUAAGCUCUUUCAAUCAGAUCCCCAGAAGUCUGUACCAAGUAUAUCAGUGAUUGGACUGAAUGGAGUUUUGCUGUGGAAUCAUGAGGGAUAUAUCAACUCUGAAAAUCUGAAAGAAAGUAUCGAGAAAGCUUGGGCUGCCCUUCAUCUACAGGAGACAGCGGCGACCUUGUUGACAGCAUCGCUUGCUUCAAGAAAUGCUGAAUCUGUGAAUACUGCUACUACUGUUUUGGUUGCUCAAGGGGGCUCUUCUACUUUAGAAAAUCCUUCUGAUUCAUCCAGUCAAUCACCAGAUGUUUCUGGUGCCAGUGGAGUUGCUCAUUCAACUGAUCUGGUGUCACAAGUUCCUAGUAGCACCACCCUUUAUGAACCUCUUGAGAUAAAUGAAAAAGAAGGUUCAAAAUCAGACUCAGGUGAUAGAACUGUUGAGAAGCUAGGUUCAACAAAUACUGAAUUUAAUUGUGAUUUGGUUGAUAGUUCAAGGAAAUCAAAUACGUCAGAUGAUAUUCAGCUUAGUAUUCGUAUGCCCAGUGGAAAUAGACUGGAGAUCAAAGUAACAAAACAAGAUGUUUUGAGGAAAGUGAAGAAUUUCGUGGAUGAAAACAAAGGCCAUGAGCUUGGCUCAUAUGAUCUUUCUCUGGUUUAUCCAAAAAGAGUCUUCUCUGAACAAGAUAUGGAAGCAACACUAUCUGAGCUGGGUAUUCAAAACCGUCAUGCAAUGAUUGUUGUUCCACAUCGGCAGCCUGGUCAGGUAACAAGGCCUCAGUCAUCAGCAUCUUAUGAUGUGGGUGGCAAUUCAGGUGCGGGGGGAUACUUUGGUUACCUGAGAACCGUGCUGUCUUAUGUGAAUCCACUCUCCUACCUGAGGGGAAAUACGAACUCAUCAAAUCCAGAGCUACAGUCAAAUGAAGGCCUGCAGCAGCUUAGACAUGGAUCUGGUCAGCCACGGCCUCUUGUUGGCAAUAGGGGCCAUGAAGUGAAUGAUGCAGACUCUGCAAACACGCUGCGAAGGCGGCCCAGACCAUUUGGUGCUAGUGUCCACACUCUUGGGAGCGAGGAUCAUGGUCCAUCUGAUGAAAGAAAUGUAUUCUGGAAUGGGAACUCGACAGAGUUUGGAGGCGAUGACAGAAAAUAA